AUGGCAAGGAACGCUGUUUCUCUGCCGUCAGUAGGGGCGUCCGGGGGCAUUCUAAUCGCAGCAUCAGAACGUUUCUUCAGGGUCCAACAGACUCACCAAACGGCCAAUACUAUCACAGCAUCUAUCAUAAUGUUGGCGGAAAAUAAAGAAUGGUCAUUAACUGGAGUAUACGGGCCACAAUCAGACGCAGAUAAAAUCUUGUUCAUGCAAGAUCUGUCGGACUUGCGACAGCACGUCCUUCCUGCGUGGCUGAUGCUUGGGGACUUCAAUUUAAUUCUUUGCGCCCAAGACAAAAACAACUCACGCCUAAACGUGGCCAUGCUCAACAGAUUUAGAUUCACCAUGGACAACCUAGAGCUGGCACGGAUUGAUCUACGGGGGAAGAAAUAUACGUGA